AUACAAUUGUUUAAAAAUAACAUAUAAUUUAAACCAGGGCCUUAGAUUUAAGGGGAAUUGGACAUUUGGCAGAAAAAUGGACGAAAGACUGAUUCAACUGCGCAGCGAUUGCUGCGCUUCAAGGAUCAUACUUGUUCUUGUUCAUCUUUCUCCUUCCUCUGCCCUCCAGCGAUCCUCUCCGCCUCCUUCAACGCGACAUCUCCUGCGAUCCAGGGAUUUCCGUCGCCAUUUUUGUCACGGGUGGUCAAGGAUUUGCAUGCAUUUGGCGUAGGGUUUUGAGAAAAUGAUGCUGCACGCGCCCUCCAAGAGGCGCCCCGCAAUAGAAAACGUAGAAGGCGGCGUCGACGUCGUCCUCGCAACCUCCAUCGGCAAUGGCGAAGACUUGGGCCCCGCCGUCAGGCACGCCUUCGAGAGCGGCAAGCCCGAGACCCUCGUCCACCAGCUCAGAAACUUCGCCAAGAAAAAGGAAAUCGAGAUCGAAGAGCUCUGCAAGCUCCAUUACGAGGACUUCAUCGUCGCCGUCGACGAGCUACGCGGCGUCUUAGUCGACGCCGACGAGCUAAAGAGCAUGCUCUCCAAUGAGAAUCUACGGUUACAGGGAGUGGCAACCGGAUCCCUUCUAAAUCUCGAGGAGCUCCUCGAGCUGUACUCGAUCAAGAAGAAUGUCUCAGAAGCCAUGAAGACAUUGAAGAUUUGCAUUCAGGUUUCGAAGCUGUGCUUGACCUGCAACAUGCACAUCUCGAGCGGCAGGUUCUACCACGCAGUGAAAAUCUUAGACUUGAUCGAGAAGGACUACAUCCAGAACACCCCUCUCAAGGCCUUCAAGAAGGUGAUCGAGAAGCAGAUACCGACGCUGAAAAAGCACAUCGAGAAGAAAGUCUGCAGCGAGUUCAACGACUGGCUCGUUCAUAUACGAAGUGCGGCUAGGGAAAUUGGGCAGUUGGCGAUCGGACAGGCCUCCGCGGCUCGACAAAGGGAGGAGGAGAAGCGGUCUCGCCAAAGGGAAGCCAUAGAACAGAGCAGAUUUGGCGUCGUCGGAGAUUCUCUCUACUCUUUGGACAUCGAGCUCAUCGAUGAUGACUCGGUGCUGGAGUUCGACCUGACGCCGGUUUAUCGCGCGCACCACAUCCACACUUGCCUCGGCUUCAAGGCGAAAUUUCACGAGUAUUACUACAAGAACCGCCUGAUGCAGCUGAACUUGGACUUGCAGAUCUCGUCGGCGCAAGCGUUUCUCGAGUCCCACCAGCCCUUCUUCGCCCAGAUCGCCGGCUUCUUCAUCGUCGAAAAUCGUGUUCUUCGAACUGCCGGGGAAUUGCUGUCGGAGAGUCAGGUGGAGACCCUGUGGGAGACUGCGAUCGGGAAGAUGACGGCGGUGCUGGAGAAUCAGUUCUCGCGGACGGAUACCACCAGCCACCUGUUACUCAUCAAAGACUUCGUCACUCUCCUCAGCGCCACCCUGUCCCGCCAUGGCUACAGGGCGGCGCCUCUGAUUCAGGUCCUCAACAGCAGCAGGGACAAGUACCAUGACCUCCUGAUCAGCGAGUGCCGGAAGCAAAUCAGAGACAUCCUGGCCAGCGAUGACUUCGAGCAGAUGGUGAUCAAGAAAGAGUACGAGUACAACAUGAACGUGCUGUCGUUCCAGCUGCAGUCCUCAGACACAGUGCCGGCUUUCCCCUACGUCGCGCCGUUCUCCUCUUCAGUUCCAGAUUCGUGCCGUAUCGUUCGUUCCUUCAUUGAGGACUCUGUCAGCUACUUAUCCUACGGCGGCCCGAUCAAUUUCUACGAUGUGGUCAAGAAGUACUUAGACAAGCUCAUGAUUGAAGUGCUGAAUGCGGCACUGCUAAGCAUGAUUCACACAGGCAAUAUAGGCGUUUCCCAGGCGAUGCAAAUUGCGGCGAACAUAGCUGUUCUUGAGUGCACUUGUGACAUGUUUCUUUGUCAGGCUGCCCGGCUUUGCUCCGUUCCGUUACGGUUAGUCAAGAGGCCGAAUGCCGGGUUGGCUGCUAAGGCUGUAUUCAAGGCAUCACAGAAUGCUGCCUACACUGCACUGAUGCAUUUGAUCGAUUCCAAGUUGGAUGAUCAUCUUGCAUUGUUGAACAAUAUCAAUUGGAUAGCUGAUGACUCGACCGAGAACCCGAAUGAGUAUGCUAACGAACUCGUCGUGUUUCUCGACAACCUGAUAUCCACUGCUCAGCAAAUUUUGUCUUUGGAGGCUGUUUAUAAGAUCGGAAUUGGCGCUCUUAGCCAUAUUUCUGACUCGAUUGUAGUCGCUUUUCUUAGUGAUAACCUGAAAAGGUUCACCCUUAGUGCUGUUGUCGGCAUUGGUAAUGAUGUAAGAGUGUUGGAAUCUUUCGCAGAAGAAAGCUUUCAGAAUUCCGGCUUGAUCGAUUUGAACAAAGAUCGUAGCUUCAAAGACUGUUUGAUAGAGUCCAGGCAAUUGGUGAACCUUCUGCUCAGCAAUCAGCCUGAGAAUUUCAUGAAUCCUGUGAUCAGGGAGAAAAAUUAUGGAGCUCUGGACUACAAGAAAGUUGCAAACGUCUGCGAAAAGUUCAAGGAUGCGCCGGAUAGGUUGUUCGGAAGUCUGUCGAGAGGAAAUGCGAAGCAAGAUGCUCGAAAGAAGUCCAUGGACAUGUUGAAGAGAAGACUGAAAGACUUCAGUUAACUAUCAUUCAUUCAGUAUGCAGUAAGAACUUGGCUUCUUUUUGUUACUUGACUUCAGUUAACAUCUUUCUCGUUUCUAUCAAAGAAAUCUAAACUUGAUAUUUAUACGAGUAUCAGAAGGAUGAUCCAAGGAACUUCCUUGCCAUCAUCUCUUUAUUUAUUUGUACAUUUUG